UAAUUCAAAAUCACCCCUUCUUAUCCCCAUCCGCUUAUAAGAACGAGAAAUCACGGUGAUCUAGGGUUUAAAAGGGUUGUCUUUUUUGUUUUUGUUUUUGUGGAAAUUCAUAACUCUCAAUUAGGGGUUCGCGAUAAAUGGCACGGUUGGUUCUGCCAUCGAAGAGAUUGUCUCUUUCGAGGAACACUCUACUGGGUUUGAUCUCCCCUGCUCCUCUUCAGCUUAAUUGCGGUGUUGGUUAUUUUCAGAAUACAGCAAAAAGGAGCAUCCGUUACAAGCAUUGCGUUGCUUCGGAGGUUAAUUUCCAAAAGAAGUAUUCCCCAUUAUAUACUUCAUUACCAAGGGUCAAGCAAGUAAGUAAGAGGCUAAUUUGUGCUGUUGCCACAGAGGAUUUACCAAAGCAAGUUGAAGAAUCUAAUAUGGAGACACCAAAGGAAAUAUUCUUAAAGGAUUAUAAGAGGCCUGAUUACUACUUUGACAAUGUGGAUCUAGAAUUUUCCUUGGGAGAGGAGAAGACAAUAGUUAGUUCUAAAAUAUCUGUGUAUCCUCGCAUUGAAGGUUCUUCCCCCCCUCUAGUUUUAGAUGGACAAGAUGUAUCUUUAGUUUCAGUUCAGCUGAAUGGAAAGGCUUUGAAGGAGGAAGAUUAUCAUUUGGAUGCACGGCAUCUCACAAUCCUAUCACCUCCUAGUGGUAAAUAUGAUCUUGAAAUUGUCACUGAGAUCUGUCCACAGAAAAAUACAUCAUUAGAGGGACUUUACAAAUCAUCUGGGAAUUUCUGUACUCAAUGUGAGGCUGAAGGUUUCCGUAAAAUUACAUUUUAUCAGGAUCGACCUGACAUAAUGGCAAAAUAUACCGUUCGAAUUGAGGCUGAUAAAUCGCUGUAUCCAGUGUUGUUGUCUAAUGGAAACCUGGUUGAGCAUGGUGACCUAGAGGGCGGGAGGCAUUACACUGUUUGGGUGGACCCCUUCAAGAAACCUUGUUACCUGUUUGCCUUGGUUGCCGGACAAUUAGAGAGCAGAGAUGACAUAUUUACUACCCGUUCAGGGCGGAAUGUGGUCCUUAGGAUAUGGACACCUAAAGAAGAUGUCCCUAAGACUGCACAUGCUAUGUAUGCUCUGAAAGCAGCUAUGAAGUGGGAUGAAGAUGUUUUUGGACUUGAAUAUGACCUGGAUCUCUUCAAUGUUGUUGCUGUCCCAGAUUUUAACAUGGGAGCAAUGGAGAACAAGAGCUUGAAUAUUUUCAAUUCAAAGCUUGUAUUGGCCUCUCCAGAGACUGCUACUGAUGCAGAUUAUGCUGCAAUAUUGGGGGUUAUUGGACAUGAGUAUUUCCACAACUGGACUGGCAACAGAGUGACUUGUCGAGACUGGUUCCAGCUUAGCCUGAAAGAAGGUCUCACUGUUUUUCGGGAUCAGGAAUUUUCAUCUGAUAUGGGAAGUCGAACUGUAAAGCGAAUUGCUGAUGUUUCUAAUCUUAGAAAUUACCAGUUUCCACAGGAUGCCGGUCCCAUGGCCCAUCCAGUGCGACCACAUUCUUAUAUCAAGAUGGACAACUUCUACACAGUUACGGUCUAUGAAAAGGGGGCUGAAGUUGUCAGAAUGUACAAAACCUUAUUAGGAAGUCAAGGGUUCCGAAAAGGCAUGGAUCUUUAUUUCAAGAGACAUGAUGGUCAUGCUGUAACAUGUGAAGAUUUUUUCUCUGCCAUGCGGGAUGCAAAUGAUGCUGAUUUUGCAAAUUUCUCGUUAUGGUAUUCUCAAGCUGGGACCCCUGUUGUCAAAGUAAGCACUUCUUAUAAUUCAGAAGCACAUACUUUUUCUUUGAAGAUUAGCCAAGAGAUACCACCUACUCCAGGACAAGCGGUUAAGGAACCCAUGUUCAUUCCUGUUGCAGUGGGUUUGCUUGAUUCCACCGGCAAGGACAUUCCUCUUUCAAAUCUUUAUCACAACGGGACUCUGCAAUCUGUUUCAAACAAUGUUCAACCAGUCUGCACUACAGUCCUUAGAGUCACCAAGAAAGAGGAAGAAUUUAUAUUCACUGAUAUAUUUGAGAAGCCUGUUCCUUCUUUGUUAAGGGGAUACAGUGCUCCUGUUCGUCUGGAAUCUGAUCUCACUGAGAGCGACCUGUUUUUCCUGCUAGCUAAUGAUUCUGAUGAAUUCAACCGUUGGGAGGCUGGACAAGUUUUGGCACGGAAGUUGAUGCUUAACUUGGUGGAUGAUUUUCAACAUAACAAACCAUUGGUUUUGAAUCCCAACUUUGUUGUUGGGUUCAAACGUAUUCUAUGUGACUCAAGUCUGGACAAAGAAUUUGUGGCAAAGGCAAUAACUCUGCCCGGGGUAGGAGAAAUAAUGGACAUGAUGGAGGUUGCAGAUCCAGAUGCUGUUCAUGCUGUUCGUACUUUCAUCAGGAAACAGCUAGCCAGUGAACUGAGAUCAGAGUUCCACACAACAGUAUUAUAUAAUAGGAGCUCAGAAGAUUAUGUCUUUGAUCACCCAAACUUGGCCAGGCGUGCUCUGAAGAAUAUUGCUCUUGCUUAUCUUGGAUGCCUCGAGGAACAAGAAUUCACCGAGCUUGCAAUUCAAGAGUACAAAACUGCCACUAACAUGACUGAACAAUUCGCCGCUUUGGUUGCCAUAGCCCAGACACCCGGUAAAACCCGUGAUGAUUUUCUAGCUGAUUUUUACGGAAAGUGGAAGCAUGAUUUCUUGGUGGUGAACAAAUGGUUUGCUCUGCAAUCAUCGUCUGAUAUUCCUGGUAAUGUCGAGAAUGUGCGGAAACUGCUAGACCACCCAGCAUUUGACCUGCGCAAUCCCAACAAAGUGUACUCUCUCAUUGGAGGUUUCUGUGGGUCUCCGGUGAACUUUCACGCGAAGGAUGGAUCAGGCUACAAGUUUUUGGGAGAAAUUGUGCUGCUACUAGACAAGCUAAAUCCUCAGGUUGCCUCAAGAAUGGUGUCAGCCUUCUCAAGAUGGAAGCGUUAUGACGAAAGCAGACAAAGUCUUGCGAAGGCUCAAUUGGAGAAGAUCGUGUCUAGUAAUGGACUGUCGGAGAAUGUGUAUGAGAUAGCCUCGAAAAGCUUAGCUGUUUGAGUGUGACUGACACGAAGAAAACAGCCAAGCUAUCUUUUAGACGGUUAUGGUGUAUUUGUGGCGAAAGCAAUUGUUACAACGAUCUCUAUCCUGUGCAAGCUUUGGCGCAACAACGGGUGCUUCUCUUUUUGCAUGCACCUCUUAACUUGGGAUGACCUCUCUUUUUGCAUGCACCUCUUAACUUGGGAUGACCUCUAAUAUCGAUUUUCAUAGGACUUUAGUGCUUUACGCCAUAAUAAAAAGUGAACUAAUUGAUCUUGGUACUUAAAAACGAUUGUUUGGAUAUGAUUAUACCGUCUUUUUACUUUUUGAUUA